CUCAGCCUGUGUGGCCCCAGCUGCCCUGCCCCUCCUGCCGCAGUUCCCACCCUCUCUGUGGCCACGUUGAUGGCCCUUAUCUCUUUGCCCACCUGGCUCUGUGCAGCACUCCACUGCCGUGGCCAGGAUGGGCUUGUGCGUUCAGUGUCCUGGUUAGUGCAGCAAUAGCAGAUCCUACUGUCGUUUCCUUCUGGUCUCUGCUUCUCUAGGUCUGUGAGGAGAGCAGAAGGAAGAAAACAGCCCGAAGAUGAGAGUGAUUCGCGUGGGUACGCGCAAGAGCCAGCUGGCGCGCAUACAGACGGACAGCGUGGUGGCAAUGCUGAAAACCUUAAACCCAGGCCUGCAGUUUGAAAUCAUUGCUAUGUCCACCACAGGGGACAAGAUUCUUGAUACUGCACUCUCUAAGAUUGGAGAGAAGAGCCUGUUUACCAAGGAAUUGGAGCACGCGUUAGAGAAGAAUGAUAGAGGCGGGAUGGAUGGAGCAGAGAUGGAAGCUGCUGCCUGGACCCUUCUCCUGCCCCCAUCCCAUCUCUCUAGAGUGGACCUGGUCGUUCACUCCCUGAAGGACCUGCCCACUGUGCUUCCUCCAGGCUUCACCAUUGGAGCCGUCUGCAAGCGAGAGAACCCCUAUGAUGCUGUUGUCUUUCACCCAAAAUUUGUUGGGAAGACCCUAGAGACCUUGCCAGAGAAGAGUGUGGUGGGAACCAGCUCCCUGCGAAGAGCCGCCCAGCUGCAGAGAAAGUUCCCACAUCUGCAGUUCAAGAGCAUCCGGGGAAACCUCAACACUCGGCUUCAGAAGCUGGACGAGCUGCAGGAGUUCAGUGCCAUCAUCUUGGCUGCAGCGGGCCUGCAGCGCAUGGGCUGGCAGAACCGCGUGGGGCAGAUCCUGCACCCCGAGGAAUGCAUGUACGCUGUGGGUCAGGGAGCCCUGGGCGUGGAAGUGCGAGCCAAGGACCAGGACAUCUUGGACCUGGUGGGCAUGUUGCACCAUCCUGAGACCCUGCUUUGCUGCAUUGCCGAACGAGCCUUCCUGAAGCACCUGGAAGGAGGCUGCAGCGUACCUGUAGCAGUGCACACAGCUAUUCAGGAUGGACAGCUGUACCUGACUGGAGGAGUCUGGAGUCUGGACGGCUCAGAGAGCAUGCAAGAGACCAUGCAGGCCACCAUCCACGUCCCUGCCCAGCAUGAAGAUGGCCCUGAAGAUGACCCACAGUUGGUGGGCAUCACUGCCCAGAACAUUCCACGAGCAGCCCAGCUGGCUGCUGAGAACCUGGGCACCAGCCUGGCCAACUUGUUGCUGAACAAAGGAGCCAAGAACAUCUUGGACGUCGCACGGCAGCUUAAUGAUGCCCACUGACUGGUCUGUGGUGGGCUGCUGCUGCCCAGGCUGGCACCCUAGGCCUCAGGGGCCUGAACUGCAGAGUCAGACUUCCAGGGACGGCCUUGCCUGCUCAGUAGGUGGGGCGUCUUCUCUUUAGAGCCCAAGCCUUUGAAAUGUAAUCGAGUCUGCUAAUAAACCAGCUCUGAAGGUGCCUUUGUUUUGGUGGGCUUGCAGGGAAGAGGACAAAUGAAACCCUUUACUCCUUCAGAGGCUGGGAACGGCCCAGAGCGCUUCUGGAACCUCCUUGUUUCUGCCUCCAUCGUUCUCAUUUCACCUCCAACAGCAAAUUGUCUCCCAGGGACAUUAAAGAAGCUAUAAUCUUAAAA